AUGGCCUCCACAGACAAUUCGGGAAAGAGGCUUCGUCUGACCUACGACACCGAAUUGAUCCAAAAUUACAUUCAGGGCGAGAUAGUCUCCCCGAAAAAUAAGUUCGAGGCCCUCCAGACAAAGGAUGGCCACACUCUGCUCUUUGGCGUCGACUCUUCCAAUAUAUUCCAUGUCAUCGAAGAGAGCAGCGGCAAACACAGUACAGGUUGGGCGCUGAGCGAUCUUUCCACAGCGGCGAUCAGCUCUCAACUACCGGGAAAGAAGGAUACGAUGGUGAGGACAUUCGACGUCGGGCAGAGUGUUCUCGAUCAAACCAUCGGAAUGGCCAUGGCUGUUCGAGUUGAAGGGAAAGACCACCUUUUCGUAUCCCUGAAGAAUUCCAACUCGGAUACGUCCUGGAUAAAGAACCCGGAAUGGACAUUGGUCCCGUUUGAUGCCGCCAAUGAGACACAAUCAAGCAUUACCGUUGUAGGUAUCUGGUUUGCAGAGACAGAUAGCCAGAAACAAUACCUUGUUGUUGAUAUUGAUCGAUCUGGAUCGUCCACGAUGAAGGAUAUCGCACGCUACUAUGUCGAUCCGUCUAUAACUUCUGGUAGUCGCUGGGUUAAACAUGAUGUCCCGGUCGACAUCGCCGCCGGCUACUAUCAAAGCUGUAUCGGACGUGUGCACCGUGGCAGGAUCGAUGGAAUCUACACUACUGGAACCUCUGGAGGCAGCCCCCAGCUUGAUUAUGUGCCGCUUGAAAACAUCUUCGGGGAUGGACCGCCCCUUCCAACCCGGUUCAAGCUGCCAGACAACAAGAUUCCAUCCGCUAUAGCCACUGCUCGUAAGGAAAAUGGCGAGACAGACCUGUAUAUGCUCAGUGGCGAGACUCUCUAUCGCAUAGCAGCCGAGAAGCAGACGGAUGAUGCUACCGCGGACGCCGUUCUGACCAAUAGCCUGCUUUCUGGAACUGGAGUGCUACGCGCCAUGAUCCACCAAGAAGUGUUGACUCUUUUCGGCAAGAAUGGGAGUGAUCAGGUCUAUUGCCUUUCAUGCAACAUCGAAAAGGUGGCUGAUCAAAGAGCAUGGAAUGUCCCAGUUCCUAUCUCCAACGGAGUCGAGCAGAUUUCGGCGUACGUGAACAGGGCAGAUGGGGGAAACACCAUAUUCACAUCUGGUGGGGGCAGGCUAGGCAAGAUCACUCAGGACAUCAAUACUCUGUGGAAGUCACAGAAUAUCAAGCUGGCACCAUCCUCAACCACUGAAAAGGCCCUUGUCUUCAAAUCUUACACGACCUUCAUCCAUGUGAUGGAUGACAAUGAAUUAGCGGCCAGCGGUGCCACUCUGAAGGUUUCAACAGCCUCGCGCACACCCGUCUAUAUCAACGGCUUGUAUUACGUCCUUGGACAGAGUCCAAUUGAAGUCAAGGCAGACAGAACCGGCUUGAUGACGGUAAUCGAGGAGACGCCGAAUAUCAACGGUGCAACGCUCACAGUAUCAACGGAUGGAGGUAGGACACGUACUGCCAUCAACCCGAUGAAUAAGUCCUUUGAAAAGCUUGGAAAGCUCGAUUCCAAGGACUCCCUCCGUGAUGCCAGCUUUCCAUCGGAGACGCCUGGAGGGGGGGUUGUGGGAACACCGAAGAAAAGUCCGCUGGUAGAGCAAUCGACCAAGGAUAGCGACCUCGAUAAGGUCGCCGCAAAUAUGGCAGGGCUGAACAAGGCGUACUCUCAUGUUAAAACUGCCAAACCCGCAGGGCGAAGCCUUCACGGCAACCUCCGAGCCAUAUCAAGUGGGGACUUCGAGGUUAUUUGGCAUGAGGCAACGCAGGCAUGGCACUUCGUCGUGACGAUCGCCGGGGAUAUCUACCGCGCCAUUCUAGACACCGUGGAGGCCGUUAUUGCUGCUGUCGAGUGGAUUUUUAAUGCCAUCAAGACGGCGAUCAAGGCGAUUAUUCAAUUUAUAGAGUUCUUGUUUGAAUGGGACGACAUCAAACGGACCAAGAAUGUGCUCUACAAUAUUUCGAAACAGUUCUUUCAGCAUCAGAUUGACAGCAUUGGGGACGCCAAGAGCACCUUUAACAAUAAAAUUGAAUCUGUGGAGAAAUCUCUCAACGAAUGGGCUGACGUCGACUGGUCACCUCUUGGGGAUAGCAUGAGCAAGCCUGCGUCGAGCAGCAGCAAAAGCAACUCCCAGAAUCAAACGCCUGGCUCUCAGUUGCUAGUUCAUCAUUACAAGAACAACGCCAACAGUGUCAGUGUUGUCGCUGACUCGCCGUUUUCUGGGGAUAUCAAUAAGGACCCUGCUCAGAGAGCCCUUAACGAUCUACAUAGCGCACUGUCUAAAGAAGAUAAAGUGAUUUCCGGCUUUCGCGACCAGAUUGGAGAAGUGGCCAAGCAAUUCGCGACAAUGACCAUCGAGGACGCUAUCAAGAAGAUCGUGGCUAUCUUAGUUGAUGGCAUCCUUGCCAGCGUGGAGGUGGUAGUCGAUGCCCUCCUGGAUCUACUGCAGGAUCUGGCGACAGCAGUAGUGGGUAUGGUGGACGCAAAGCUUCAUAUCCCCAUUAUUUCUGAUAUCCUGAAUGCCAUUGGUAUCCCGGAUAUCUCUUUUCUUGACCUCUUCACCUGGGUUGCGGCUGUCUGCUACACCGUCGUGUAUAAGAUCGCAAAGGGAGAGCCUCCCUUUCCGGACAACAAGGAUGUACAAUCUGUGAUCGAUGCCAGCAGCUGGAAUGAUCUAAUUAACAAAUUGCAUCCUCCUGCAGCAUCCUCAGUCGCUUCUAGCGCCCUCUAUGCCAUGCCCGUCUCGGGGCUCGCCUCUGCGUCAGCUAUGACUCCCUCAAGCAAGCCAACCGUUCUCCAGGAUGUCAUUUUCAUCACUGGACACUCCGUGAGUGGAAUAUGCGGAGUCCUUGGUGCAUUUGUAAACGCCGCAGAAGCUGAGUUUCCAACUGGUGACAACCCGAUGUCCACACCAUCAGCCAUCCUUGGGUUCAUUGGCGCAGCAUCCGAAGCCGUGGCCGAUAUUGUGUCACCAAAGGAUCCCCUUGAGGAGCCUAUCUUCAGUGCGCUUAGCACCGCCACGAGUGUCACGACUGCAGUCUCCAAAAUUGUGUUCAGUAGCUAUGGUCAGAAAAGGCUGAGCAGAUUGGGAUUACCCACAGCUGAAGACCCACGCGGUAUGGGCGCGGGGAUUAACGUGUUACUGGUGGGUGUCGGUGCCGCCACAACAAUCAAACAUUUUGUGGAGCUGGCCAAAGAUCCAGCUGGAAAAGACCGGUCAGCUGCGAUUGUCGGGGAAGUCUCAAAUCUGACUUCUUAUAUCAGCCGAAUCUCGUAUGCAUUGGCUGUCAAUGAUAUCGAGGAAGACACGCGGCAGGUAGUCAUCGCAGUUAUGACUGUGAGCAAUCUAAUCACAGCCGGUCUCCAGAUAGCAGAGGCGAUUGUUGAUUAA